AUGGCCAGCGUGGAUCCGGAAAAAGAUGAACCCAAGAAGAUCACGAUCUGGCCACAGUGGCUCGCUGCGUUUUCACUCAGCUUAGCUGUUAUCGGAAGUGGUCUCGCGAAUGGCUGGGCAUCGCCGUACUUGGCUCAACUGACAUCAACGGAAGCGAACGUGCCUUUGAGACUGACAGAUACCGAAGUGUCCUGGGUGGCGUCCCUUUUAAAUCUUGGCCGGCUCGCCGGCGCUUUGCUCAGUGCACUGUGUCAAGACUACAUUGGAAGGAAGAGAGUGCUUCUGCUCAGUGGUCUACCAUUGGCCACGAGCUGGAUACUAAGUAUUUGCGCCACAUCGGUCGUAUGGCUCUACGCCUCGAGGUUCAGCUCAGGAAUCGGAACUGGAAUGGUAUGGAGUGGACUCUCUAUGUACCUGGGCGAGAUUGCUGAUCCCAAAAUUCGUGGAUCGCUGAUAUCCAUGAACGUGAAUGCAUCUUCCGUUGGUAUGUUCCUGGGCAAUGCGAUGGGCCCUUAUCUGUCCAUGGAGAUGUUCGGGUACGUGAGCCUCGUCCCGAAUUUCCUCUUCGUGAUCCUCUUCAGUUUGAUACCCGAAUCGCCCUACCAUUACCUUCUGCACGGGGAUAUCGACAAGGCUGAGGCGUCCCUGAAGUGGUUUAGGCGAGAAACCGACGUCAAAGCGGAGAUGCGAGAUCUCCAAGAAUUCGUCGGCGGGACUGGAACGAACAUUUUUCGAAACUUGAAGGAAUUCCUUGUGCCAAACAACCUGAAGAAAGGUCUAAUGGUUCUGGGUCUCUACGCUUUCACCUACUUCAGCGGAUACAACGCUCUGUUCUCGUAUGCAGAAAUAAUCAUGACGAAAAGUGAGAUUAGUGUACCACCUAGUCUUGUGGUGACGAUACUUGGAUUAUCGAAUAUCGUGGCUGGUUCAAUGGCCACGCUGUUGGUUGACAGACUUGGUAGAAAGGCCCUUCUGAUCAUGGCUGCCCUAGGAUCAUCGAUAUCGUUGGGAUUGUUGGGUCUCCAUUUCCACCUUCUCUCUCUGGGAUACGAUGGCGGCAGCUUGACGUGGUUGCCAAUAAUCGCCAUGUUGAUGUUCAACGUCUCCGUGUCUUCCGGUUUGCAACCGAUACCAAGCACCAUCUUGGGCGAAGUCUUCCCAGCGAAAUUGAAAAACAUGGCGUGCCUGUUCGUCAGUUCCAGCAACGCUAUAUUGUCGUUCGCUAGCGCGAAAACUUAUCAGCCAUUGUUGGACUUGAUCGGUGACAAAUUCGUGUACUGGACGUACGGCUUCUUCAUGUUGUUCUUGACGCCGUACGCUUACUACCUGCUCCCCGAGACGACGGGUAAAAGCCUUUUGGAAAUACAACGAUCGAUUAAAAAGUAGAAGAAUGCACGAUCGUUUUGAUUAUCCAUCGUGAACGAGAAAUAACUCAUUGAACUCACCAUCUUAAUGACCAUAAGAGAAAAAACUGACUUAUAUGCAGUAUUAACGUCACUA